CCUCAUUUUCAGAUUACGGAUUUUAGCAAUCUAGUUAAAGAUAGCCCAAGCUUUCAAGUUACUUUUGUUAUAGGUUUAAAAAAAAAAGUUCUUUGCAUUCAGGGGCUCAGGCAGCAACCCAGAAGCCCUUUCCUUGGAAAAGAUAGGGAAUACUUCCCCCUCCCGCCGGUCCAGCAAUUGGCUAUGACUAGCUACCACAAUAGCGGGGCCGGUCCCGUGGACUUUCCCGAGGUUCUGAAAUCGCUUCUGGAAUACCAUUUACCUUGGACGGGCGCUCUGAAAGAUAAAGAGAAGAAGGAAAAAUUUGAGGAAGAUGAAGCAGCAGCUGCAAGUACAAUGGCAGUCUCUGCCUCCCUCAUGCCUCCUAUUUGGGAUAAAACUAUUCCUUAUGAUGGGGAGUCUUUUCAUCUGGAGUAUAUGGAUCUUGAUGAAUUCCUGUUGGAAAAUGGAAUCCCUUCCAGUCCUGCUCAUCUAGAUCUGAAUCAGAAUCCCCUCCUGCCUGUGGCUGAACUGGAAGGAAAAGAACCUGCCACUGUUGCUACCACUCCACCUGCAUCAUCUUCCACAGUGGUCUUCAAUCUAUCAGAAACAACCAAAAAUUCAGAGUCCUCUCCAGAAGAUGAAAGAUUGACUCCUAGCCCUGUUGAUCCAGAUUGUGUUGAGAUUGAUGUGAAUUUCAACCCUGACCCUGCUGAUUUAGUGCUGUCAAGUGUGCCUGGAGGAGAGCUCUUUAAUCCUAGAAAGCAUAAGUUUGCUGAAGAGGACUUGAAACCACAGCCUAUGAUUAAAAAAGCCAAGAAAGUCUUCGUCCCAGAUGAUCAAAAGGAUGAAAAAUAUUGGACACGGCGGAAGAAAAAUAACGUGGCAGCCAAGCGAUCUCGGGAUGCUCGGCGCCUAAAAGAGAAUCAGAUCACAAUCCGAGCUGCUUUUCUGGAGAAGGAGAACACAGCCUUGAGGACCGAAGUUGCAGAACUACGGAAGGAAGUGGGAAAAUGCAAGAAUAUUGUCUCUAAAUAUGAGAGCAGAUAUGGAUCCUUUGACUUAUCCGAUUCCGAAUGAUGCAUCUUUAAAGACUCUUAAAAUCACAAAGAAACUAAAAACUACACAUGAAAUCACCUGCCAUCAAAGUGAACAGUGAGACACAUGAGGUAUUCUACACAAACCAUCUGAUGACUCUGCUUCUCUGCAAGUAUCUCCUUGAACUACCUAAGGGCUGAGCAUGAUGAAAAGACUAAGGUCUCUAAUUCUACAUUUCCCUUUGUACUGCUCUUUUCCAUGUUGUGGCAAUUUGCAGUACAUUGUUUAUUUCUUUUCAACCACUUGUGGUGCUUGUGAUUCGGAAUAUAGACUGAUCAAGCCAUAGCUUUGCAAGUUAACUCUUAGGAGGAAAGAAUAAAUUUUAAUCAAAAAUCACUUCACUAAAUAAAAAAGUUAAACAUUCUGUUUUAUUCUAGAAAGAGGCAUUGAUAUUGCCUCCAAGCAUUAUAAAGUAAUAAUACUGUUGAAACAGAAAAUACAAGAAAUGGACAAGAAUAUAUCCAAUAUCAAUAUCCAAUUCAGUGUCCAAUCAGUGGAAAAAAACAAGCACUUUAAGAUGCACUGCAUAUUAUCAAAUGUUGGCAGCUGUUUUUGUCAUUCAUAAUCAUUGACAUUAGGUCUUCUUUCACUCAUGAGGGCCGCACUGAUCUGAUACUGUCCUGCCCCUGUGUCCUGUCAGUCUGUGAACUUUGAGAAACUGAACUGAUUAACUGUUACUCCUAUUAUGGAGCAAGACGAAACCCUGCAAUAACCAUUUGUAGUGUUUCUUUGCUGGUGGUGGUGGGGAGGGGAGACAGCUAGCUUUCCAUUGUUGGAUCUCAUGCUGUGGAAAUUCUUCCCUACUGCCACCAAUCUCCAGUUUUUUCAGGGGCACUAUUAUUGUUCCCUGUGGUUGAUAUGGGUAGUGGGGUAUCUGCUAUUUUUUGUGCCCUUCCACUAGUCAUCCCGAGGAAUGCAGGUCUACUUCAUGUGGUCAGAGCAGAGUUUUCAGGACUGCUACUCAGGAUAGGGUAGGAGAGAUGAGAUAGAUUUGUGCAAGCAUCCCAAGAUUUCUAAGUUAGCAUUUUUCCUUCCUGACAUCUGACGAUACUCUGAUGAGAUUACUGUGCUGAUGAACUGAUGCAUUUUCACAGUAUAUUCUUUGUAAUAAACAUAGUGUAGUUUGUCCUUCUUUUUCUAAACAUACUUUUAACUGUAGUAUUUAAUAAAAAAAGUAUUAAAAUUAAUAAAGGACAGAUUAAAAAAGAUGUAAGAUGCAAUAAUUUUAGUCUACAUUUUCACUAUUUUACAUGGAGAUAGAGAGGGAUGAGAACUCAGUGUCUAAUUUUCUUUAUUCAGUGAAUCAUUUAGUUUGUAUUAGCCCAUCAAAGGAGGGGGAGUUUUUUGGAUUUCUGAAUUGCAAAUAAUAAUAAUGAAAUUAUUUGUCAUCUUUCUUUACACUUCCUAAAGAAUUUGUGAACUUUCAUAAAAGUUUAAUUUAGAAUUAUAAUAAUAUUACACAGAAUAAUGAAAUGUAAUUCUGACACAUGCCUGUAAAGUUGUAGAAAUAGUUGUUAAACCACAUAGCAAAGGUCAAAUAGUGAUAUGGGAAUUACAACUCUGUGGAAAUUAGAGUUGUAAUCUACAUUAAAUUGUAGUGUGUCAAAAUAAUACAUAUUUGGAUUUAUUUAUUAAUGAUGAACACUCAAUUAAAGUUAUUUAAAAAGCAUAUAAGAGAUGAAAUUGCUGUUUCUGCUAUAGUUCGAAAGGUAAAGUAAAAGCUUACUCAGAUUGAGCCCACCUUCUGGCAAUUUCAUGAACAUACCCACAGUUUUCAUCGUAGCAAUACAGACUACUGUUUCCGCUUCUCAGGCUAGUUUAUAGAGUUGGUAUUUCUUGGUAAUUUCCAGUCCUGGUCCUAACAAGAUCCUGUUUAGCUUUCCAGGUCAACCAAGGUAGGCUAGAACUUGUCUUUCCUAAAAUGCAGGUUUUAUUGUUUCUAAUUAGUAAGCAAAUAAAGAUGCUGUUUCAAAUUCUGUGAAUGUGGACUGUAAAAAUCUGAGAAAAUUGGUAUAAAUUAGAACAAAAUAAUCAUAAUAUCAAUCUUAUCUCAUGCUUUUUUAAAGACUAGGCUGCAAAUUCUUAUAACUUGCAUUUGGUGCCAGAUUUCUAAUAACUUUAUUUAUACUAUGAGACAAAUGCAGCUUAUAAUAAUCUAUGUGUCAGAUAUUCAUUAAACUCUCUUGCUAUAGUUUGUGAAGAUUUUAUGAAUGAAGAACAUAAUACAAUCUAGGAAAGAUUGUAGGAAUAUGUCAAAUGAUAUUGUAUAUAUUUAUGUAACUAAAAAUCUUCAGUAGCAGAAAUAUUAUUAAUUAUUUAUGGCCCGCACAUAUAAGCCUUCAGUAGUGUAGCAUACUAUGUUUGAAUAUCAUGCUAUAAAAAUACGUAUACAGCAGGAAAAUUGCAGUAUUUGACUUGCUUUUUAGUUGCUUGGAAGUCUUAUAAUCACUUUAUAUUUAACUACAAAACUAUGUGAAAUUAUAUAACAAUUUCUGAAUUUUGUUAGAAAUGACAUUGUCCCAAUUCAAAAACAAAUUUAGGAAAAUUAAGAGAAAAUGUAUAGAUCAUAAGCACGAAUAGGCGUACUAUCUUUUGUAACUCUUCAUCUUGGUAAUUCCAUUGUGGCAGAAAAAUAUAUAUGCUUAGUAUUAUGUAUCCAAAUAAGUAAUGGAAAAUGAAGGCAGUAUAGUAGAUGUGAAAAUUCUUCGUUAUAAACUGGUAUGAUCUACAGUAGACAAUAGGAAAAGUUUGUGAACAGCAGUGAGUUUUAUAUGGGUAUUCAGGUUUUAUUCACCUGCCACAUGUAUAUGAAUAGCCACAUGUUAUGAUAUUUAUUCUAAGUACUGGGGUGAAAAAUUCAUGAAAUAAUACAGGAAUCUAAGUGAUUUUAAGGGCAUUCUAGACAAAAUUGCAAAAUAUUUCUUAAAGGAAUUUGAAUUCACAAAAUAGAUAAGCCUACUAGUGUUGUUUUACUUGUUUGGUAGGAAAUGUGUGUUUUUAGAGUUUACCAUGCGUUAUCUUUUUCCCUCAGUUUUCCUUAAGAUUUCAAAUGAAAGAUAGUAAGAAGAAAAACAUUUGAAAAAUAUUUAAAACAAUGUAUGUCAUAGGGUUCUUUCUAUAUGAAACAUUGCCAUUACAGAUAAUUUUUUUCAACCCUUUGCUAAGUACCAGUUACCAAAUAUUUGAGUUUCUUGAUACUGGGAGUUUUAGCCAUCUCAUUUAGUCAGUUUAGCCAUUGGUUUCCCUUUCCUUUUUUACAUUCAGCAUCCAUUCAAAAACAAUAUUUUACAAUUUUGUCUAUAUUUAUCAUUUCAAUAACAACCAGAUACAUAAUACCUGUUGUGACUCCAGCCCCCGAAUCUGGCCCCAUGCCUGGAAGUGACUUGGAGCCGGGCCUGUUGCCAGAAAGUGACUUGGACAGUGAGGGGGAAGGGCCAUCAGGACUUACCUCGGGAGCACCGGCUUCCCUGGCUCAGCUCCAGGAGCCAGAAGCAGGCCAGGUGAAAGAGAUAACGAGGCCUCCUUCCCCUGACUCUUCCCCCAACCCAGGCCACACCUGCAGACCCAGCUGACAGCAAUCAGGCUUGGUUUCGUAGACAGGAGAGGAGGGAACAACAGAAGCAAGGGUGGGGCAGGCCUAGGAAGUGCUGAGUCAUGGAGCACACCCCACAGGAUAUAAAAGGCAGCCAGAGCUGCUGUGUCUCUUUGGAACAGGCAAAUCCACUGAUUGACUAGAGCUGAAGUUUGUGACUCACCAGCAUCGUGGAAGAUAACGAGGGCUCUUGGCAGACGCUGGCUCUUUUGUCGCUAGAGCUGAUAGUGCCGGCUAAUUAAGCCAUCAUUUGGACGGAGGCGGAGGAGGACAGAACAAUACCAUAGUAAUUUGGGGGGGCGUCUCCUACCCUGGCAACUUUAAGACUUUUGGACUUCAAUUCCCAGUUGAAUUCUGGGACUUGAAGUCCACAAGUCUUAAAGUUGCCAAGGUUGGAGAUCCCUGCCAUAAAGCAGUAACUCAUAACAGUGGAGAAUAACAUAUUCCUUUUUAUUCAAUUUUUUCCAUCUACCUGUUUUAACAUUUUUUAAAAUUAUAAACUAGUAUUCCUAAAUAAUUGAUUUGAGUAGGCAUAGCAUAGUAUUUUUUUUAACUGACUAUUUGUCUGAACCUUCUUCUUUGGUUUGUCUUAAAGGAGAUUUUGCAGUUCUCUGUGAUCUCUGUACAUGUGUUAAAUUUUGAUAGAGUCUCAAUUUGGUAUAAUUCAUUCAAGAAAUAGUUGAUGAGACAUUUAUAUUGUGUAUUCUGAAGCUUCUUGAAGCUUUGAUAUUUAAUCUAUGCUAUCUUUGUUGCCAUUUUGUAUGAUUGCAAAAAAAUCAGCGAAAUCUGUAGCUUUUUAAAAGUAUAGUAUAUAUUUAUUGGCAUUUUUCCAUGUCCUUUUUGAGCUAUAUUGUAUUGUGCUGCCUGGAAUAAUCAAGUAUUUUAGAUGUAGAAAGUGGAAGAGAAAAAGCAGGAAAGCUUGCAAAUAUAUUAUUAAAAUGUUAGAAAAAUAUUCUUUGAAUAACCAAAAAUAGCUGAUGCUGCACCUUAAUACUCAUAAUACUCUUGCUUUGGGUAUUUUGUUUGCUUAUUUUAGAUAAAAAAAAAUCCCCAAAUAUUUGCUUCAAAUUAAUUAAAUCAGCUUAUUUGCAUUUUAACCGUUCUUUUCUUUAAUACACAAGUGAAAUGCAUUUACAUCCAACUCCUUUACAGUUUUUAUUACAGUACAGGUAGUCUUUGACUUAUGACCAUUCAUUUAGCAAUCAUUUAAAAUUGGAACGGCGCUGAAAAAAAUGACUUAUGACUGGUCCCUGCGCUUAACAAUUGUCCCCUUGGUCAUGUGAUUGCAAUCCAGGGCGCUUGGUAACUGGCUUACACUUUCAACAUUUACAGCAUCCCACAGUCAUGUGAUCACCACUUGCAUCCUCCUCAGCUGACUUUCGAUAAGGAAAGUCAAAGGGGAAACUAGCAGGAAAAAUCACAAGUCACAGUCAUAUGUUGUCUUGCUUAACAACUACAGCAAAAAAGGUUGUAAAAUCAGGUGCAGUCACAGGAUGCCUCACUUAAUUGUAUCAUUUAAUGAUGAAUUUUCUGUUCCGUUCUAGUUGUAAGUCAGUCUAAAAAUAAGUUAUUUGUCUUUGACAAAUAGUUUGCCUAAAGCAGAAGGUAGAAGAGAGAUACAAAAUUACUUCUUAGCUGUACAUCCAUAACUAUCAAUCAAACAUUUAUCAAAUGUUUGAUUGUUGGCAAAGCAACAGUAAAACAGAGGUCUGUAUCUAUGGGCACAAAAGCUUCUGGCAUUCCCCACACAGGUAAUCCUUGACUUAUGACCACAGUUGGAAUCUUGGUCAUUGAAUGCAGCUGUCAUUAAGCAUGACAGCUUUGCUGAAUGACUGAGAUGCUAGCAUUCCCAGUUGCAGUUGUUAAUCAGUCCCAGGUAAGGAAUGUGGGAUGCCUCAGGGGAGUGAGGAAGCACUGGGAGGCGUAGGCAAGCUAUGAGUUUGGGGUAUGCUGCAGUGUGACACUGAGUGGCAGCCAUGGAAAGCUCACUACUUACCUGACCCAUAAGCCCAGGCAAAGCUGCUGAGAUUUGGGAAGCCUUAUUGCCCAUAUAGCCCACUAGUGCAUGCAAAGCACCCCACUUACCUUUGCCAUUUUUCUCCACCUGCUGACAGGUACGGCCACCUUAUGCGAGAUGCAGCCUUCUUACAGAGGCUGUCUUGUGCUGUUUUCCAAGCUAGCACUAUUCUUGUGAUCCUUUGGAAGCCCUCCUCCAAAAUUUUCUGUACUUGAACUAAAAAUCCUCUGUGCCAAAAUCCAGGCAGGGUUUUCAACCCCAGAACAAAAAGGCUUCUAAAUUCUCAUCCCAGAAGCUCUUUGGGAUUGGCAUCACAUGGGGGGGGGGGAACUGAAAGCACUUUUUCCCAGCAAAAGGUCAACUCCAGCCACAUCUAGGAGCACCUGGGGUUUGUUGUGCACUGAGAAAAAGAAACAAACAACAACUUUUUGUCUUGCUCACAGCUCAGAGUUGCAAAGAACUCUGGGCAGGAUUGGGUUUGGCUUUGAACUGCAGACAAAGAAAAAGGUGCUUUUGGCUUCCUUUUUUUUUUUUUUUAGCACAAAAUCAGCCCCAUAUGGGCCAGCAGUGAGGCCAGGCAUGCCUCAUGAGCAGUAGGAGCAAGAAGAUGGUGGUGAAGGUCAGCCAAAGCAGCAAAACAGAGGGCAGCAGUGGGCCUAAAACAGUGAGAAAUGUUACUGGUUCACACAGGUUCGGGCGAACUGGUAGUGAUAAAAACUACCAGUUCAGGCGAACCGGUAGUAAAAAAAAGCUAACAGUUCCUCUGAAUCGGUAUUUUCGACAAUCAGCUGUGCUGUGCAAUUUAAAAUUGAUAGAAAGCAGGAAAUCCUUUCUAGUGAAUCUAAAUUGCGCAGCACAGCUGAUCUCCCCUCUCGCUGUUCUACUUGCCUUCCAAAGCCUCCUUUUGGUGUUUAGUGCGCUUGCACAUGCAGCCUGCGUUUUGCACACAGAGCAUGUACAUGCAUGCAUGCGCAGCCAAUGAACCGGUGGCAAACCGGUUCAGAUUUCACCACUGGCCUAAAGGGCGUAGAUGGGAGAAGAGAAAAGUGCUUGCUAGUAGUUGCAGCGCCUUUGCAGUCGUAAGUGUGGCUGGACUUCAAAAGACCCAAACUUUGAUCUCAUGACCAAGGGGGCAUUCGAUGGUUAUAACUUCAGGCAUGGGUCAUAUAUCUCCUCAUUCAACACCAUUGUAAUUUUAAAUGGUUGCUGAAAAAAUGCUCUUAUUUGCAGAUAAGUUGAGAACUACCAACAGUAUCUAAAAAUAUGAAAUAUGAUGAUGCCAAAUGCAGUUAGAUUACUGAAAUGAAUACAAUUUCAGGUAAUUUUAAUGGGAUGGGCACUCAUGGCCUAACUGAUUUUGUAAUGCAUGGACAUCUUUCAUAUUUCUUCUGCCUCCUUCCCUUUGCAAUAUACUGUAAAUGCAUCAUAAAAAUUCUAAAUUUGUCUGUAGUGAUAGGUGAAACAUAACAAACAAUGGCUAACAAACAAAAAUGAGAAUGUAGAUAUAUUAGCAUGCUAUAGCCAUUCUUAGGAAUCCUAAUUUUAUUAGUUUGGAUUCAUUUAUGCCUUUUGAUGUGAAAGUUUUAAAAAUUGAUCAUAUUUCUUGUGAACAUUUAGAAUCCAAUAACAAAAAAGGACAUACUAUUUCCUUCCAUGUUUGGUACUUCGGGUACACCUUUCUUGCUAUGGGGUUUUUAUUAAUUACUAAUCUUAUCUAAAUUCAUAAACAAGACAAAUAAAACUGGAAGAAAGGUAGCUUUAUUUUAUUUUAUUAUUUUAUUUUAUUUUAUUUUGGCUGAACUGGGAUCAUUUACUUGUGCUUUGAAACCUUAAUUGAAAAAAUGCUUAGUAGAUUUCAAAAUAGCAAAAAAUGAAUGUUAUAUUAGUGUCAGAACUAUGGUGGUUAAUUAACAUUAUAGAAACAUUGCAUUUGUAUUACAAAUAUGUAAAUACACUUUAAUAUUAAAUCUCAGUCCUCAUGGAGUAAUAGGUGCUUCCAUUACAAUCUCUGCAAAUUUGUUUAACAGGUUUUAAUGUAGCAUGGCUUAAGGUGAUUUUUUUACGCAUUAAAUAUCAAAACAAAACUAAAUGUUGAGUUUUGGAUUGUAACACUCUAUUUAAAAACAUUUAAUUAAAUACGUAGGGUUAAGAAUUAUGACAAAAGUUAUUUCUUUGAUUACUGAAUUUAUUCAUAGUAAUAUAGUAUUUAAAGCAAACGCAUUUGAGAACAAAGAUUAACUGGCAGUUUUCUCACAUAUUAAAUCUAAUUGACAAAAGUAUAUGGUGAUUUCAAAAACAAAGGACCUCUGCAUUUUGCCUUAAUUUGCACCUUUCAUCAAUAUACAGCAAAUUAUCAUUUAUUAUAUCAUAAAUUAAAUUCCUAACAUUUUAACUAUAAGAAAUUGGACAUGCCUCAUAUUUUGUGCACUUAUAUUCCUGCUCUAAUCAUAUUUUAAUAAGUGGAAAAUUAACCUGAUUUUUCAUGGCAGAAUAGUGUUUCAAAAUGCUUUACCAGCUAAUUGACUAUUUUGAAAACUUGGGCAGAAAAUAUUAUAGAUUUGAAAACUCAGUUUGUCCUAUAUUAGUAUUUUGUACUGGAAACAGUUGCAUGCAAACUCCAUGGUUUGAAAGAACAAUAGAAAACCAAUUUAAUGGAGGUAUUUAGAUGUUUUUAAGGAAAUUUCAAAAUAUCACAAUGUUGCAAGUAAACAGCUAUCUUUAAUGUAAUAACAUGAAAUGUAUGUAUUGUAUGUGGGUACAGGAUGUUUUUUUUUAAUUCAUUCAGUUUAAAUUCUUCCUAUUUUCUAAUAGAAUAAACAUUUUUAGUCUCCUCUAUCAUUAGGGGGAAAUUAGACAAACUAUAAAAAAUGAAUAAUUUUUAUAUUAAAAGUCUGUACUUGUGUUGCUGUAUACUUUUCAACAUCUGCAUUUCUCUUUCAUAUGUCUAGUUUGUAGUGAGUGAAGAGCAAUUUCUGUAUAUAUAUAUAUAUAUUUAUAUUUUUACAUGCGUAUGUAAACAUUGAAUUCUGAAUAAAAGCACCACAAGAUUAUUACCAUUAAAAAGCUGAGAUAAAUUAUAUCUUGCUAUAUUUGUUAUUUCUGCAAAUACUCUAAUCCUAUUUUUUUAAACAAAAUAUGCAAAAGCUUAAUGAAUGGCAAGUGAAAAAGUUUAAAGCACAGGUAGGCAGUCUGAUACCAUUCAGGUAAUAGAAUUCUCAUAAAUCAUAACACUAUACAUAGAGAUUUGGAGUAUGAAAAUGUUUAAUUAUGUAGGAAAUAUAGAUUGCCUACCUCUGAUUUAAACUGUUCUGGAAAGGAAGUAACAUUUCAGUGAUCAAAUUAUAUAUGGUAUCAAUUUUUAUUUGUUUCUUUUUUAAAGGAUGUAAUUAAGAUUAUGAACUCUCUGAGUGUGAAAUAGGGCUGGAUUUUCUGAAUAUAUUAAAGUCUCUGCUAAAGUGUUUUUUGUAAUGUUUUUGUUUAAAAUAUAACAUUUUGAUUGUAUUGAAUUAUGUUAGUAUAUUUUUCCUUCUCAAAAAAAUAAAUAAAAGUAUAUUCUACUAAAUUUAAA